AUGAGGUUGCUCCAUAUUCCUCUGAUCUCUCUCCUCGUCCUGUUCUCUUUGGUAUGGGCCGAAUACACUUGCGAAUCGGACAGUGACUGUGUCAAGGAAGACCUGGGAAUCUAUUAUUGUCAAACCUCUUUCGAGGGAUCCACUUUUUACGGAGCGCGAUGCAACUACUUCGCUCCGGCCAAGAUGAAUCUCUGCGAUUUCUACUGCAUGGUGCCCUAUGAAGAAGAGCGUUGUCCAAGGGGUUUUCUAGCUUAUUGA